AUGUUUCGAUCAAGCUAUUCAUUAUUAUUACUUGUUCUGAUUGCAGCUGUCUAUUCGGCAGAUUAUUUUGUUGAAAAAUUUGAAGAUGAAUCCUAUAAAAAACGAUGGGUUCAGUCAACAGCUAAAUCGGAUAUAGGUGAAUUUAAAUUAUCACAUGGUAAAUUUUAUGGUGAUGCAAAAAAAGAUCUUGGUCUUCAAACAUCUGAAGAUGCUCGUUUUUAUGCUAUCUCAGCUAAAUUUGAUAAAUUUUCAAAUGAAGGCAAAACACUUGUUAUUCAAUUUACUGUUAAACAUGAACAAAAAAUUGAUUGUGGUGGUGGUUAUGUUAAAGUUUAUCCAUCCGAUACUGAUCAAAAAGGUCUUACCGGCGAUUCACCUUAUCAUAUUAUGUUUGGACCUGAUAUUUGUGGUUAUAGUACGAAAAAAGUUCAUGUCAUUUUUACAUACAAAGGAAAAAAUUUAUUAAUUAAAAAAGAUAUUAAAUGUAAAGAUGAUGAAUUUACACAUCUUUAUACAUUAAUUCUUAAUUCGGAUAAUACUUAUGAAGUUCGUAUUGAUAAUGAAAAAGUUGAAAGUGGUAAACUUGAAGAAGAUUGGGAUUUUACUGUACCAAAACGAAUUCCAGAUCCAAAUGCUAAAAAACCAUCCGAUUGGGUAGAUGAAGAAAAAAUCGAUGAUCCAACUGAUACAAAACCAGCUGGUUAG